AAAUUCUCUCUCAUCAAUCAUCGUCCAUUUCUCUGAAGCAUUCAUCAUCACCUUCGAUCGAAUUUUGCAGAAGCGGAAGUUUCAGAGAUUUGGGGCUUUCUCUAUUUUCUUUGAAUUCAUCCAAGAUUGAAUUCAAUUCUCUUUCAAAUUAUCCGUUUUUAAAUCCGGUUGACCUAAAUCCGCUAUCAAGAAUCCUAAUUUCGGCGUAUUCGCUAGUUAAUCAUCAUGCCGGCCACCGCGGGGAGGGUUCGCAUGCCAGCGAACAACCGUGUGCACAGCAGCGCCGCCCUACAGACCCACGGCAUAUGGCAGAGCGCAAUCGGUUACGAUCCGUACGCGCCGAACAAGGAAGAUAAAAAGGACAGAUCUUCCCAGAAGAGCUCCGUCCCCGAGUCCGAGCCCGACGCGUCUGAAAACGCGUACGCCAGUUUCCAGGGUUUGCUAGCACUCGCGCGCGUCACCGGAUCCAACGCCGACGAGGCGCGUGGCUGCUGCAAGAAGUGCGGGCGUGUCGGCCAUUUGACGUUUCAGUGCAGGAAUUUUCUGAGCGCCAAGGAAGAGGAAGGGAGGGAACCCCAAGCUGGGGUUUUUUCUGGUUUGGAGAAGAUGAAAGGGGAGAGAGUGAAAUCGAAAGAGAAGGGCCUGGUGGAGAGCGAUGAGAGUAGUGAUUCCGAGAGCGAAAGCUCCGAUUCCGACUACGAUUCGGAGAUGGAGAGGGCAAUAAAGAAGAAAAUGGGGAAAAGGGUUAGUGGUAAGAGUACCAAAGUGAAUGAUAGCGAUGAGUCGUCGGACGAGGGGGAUCGUAGAAAGAGGGAGAAGUUGAGGUCGAAGAAGAAGAGGAGUGCGACGAAGAGAGAGAAAAGUGAAUCCGAGGAUGAAGGAAGAAGAAAGAGGAGGAGAGAGAAAGGGAGGAGAAGGGACGAGGACGAUUCGUCGGAUGAAGAAAGCGGGCGGCGGAGGAGCAAGAGUAGGAAGGAGAAGAGGCGGAGGAGGAGCCACCGCCACUCAGAUGAUGAUUCGUCGGACGAUUCUGCUAACAGGCGGCGUCACAAGCGGAGGAGCAGGAGGCAACGCUCGGCCUCCGGUUCCGAUGGCAGCGGCUCCGACGGUCCUCGAGUGGGAAGGGACAAGAAACGGUCCGAGAGGAACAGCCGUAAAAAACAUCAUCGCCGUAGAGAGGACUAGCUUUUGCGGUAGGUGAAAAAUGUCCUUCGUUUUCCAUGGCUGCUCUGAAUUGUGUGUGCUGUUUAAGUUUUUCUGUCUAUGUGAAAUCUUCUUGAAUCUGUUUGGAAACAAAUUAUCCUGACGAAAAUCUGCGUUGUGGUUUCCUGUCUUUGUUCGAUUGCUUUUCAUCUUGUUCUUCUGGUUGUAAGAACUCUGAUCUAUUUGUCGAAUACUAUCUAUAUUAUGACUAUCGAAGUGAGCGAUUUAUUGCAUCAUGAAAUAAAUCGGGUUUUCUAGA